AUGAGCAGUGAUAAUGAAGUACAUGACGAAGACAAUUUCCAAUGUGAACAUAUUAUUACGGAAAGUCAUAAAAAAGCAAUUUAUAGUAUAAGUAUUUGUCAACAAGCUUUAUCAGAUGAAAGUGAAGAAGCAUUUUUAUUUGCUACAUGCGCUAUAAAUCAAAUCUGUGUUUAUAAAUAUACUAUCAUCGAUGAGAAAUCAUCUGUUCAACUUAUUCAAAGUUAUUGUGAUUCAGACGAUAAAGAAUAUUUUUAUGAUUGUAAAUGGACAAUGUUUGGAAAUACGACAAUAUUAGCAGCUGCUGGAUUACGUGGUGUUGUAAGAGUUAUUAAUAUUGCUCAUCAAUGUCAUUUGAAACCGCUUCGUCAUUUAGGUAGUGUUAAUCAAAUUGCAUUUGCUAGUGAACAACCAACGUUAAUGGCUUCUUCAUGUUCUAAUUAUGCAGUUUAUUUAUGGGAUGCUGAAGCAGCUCUUUGUUUAGCUAAUUAUGUUGGACCUGAUCAACAUAAACAAGGUGUUCUUUCUGUGGAUAUCAAUUACAAUGGUACAUUCAUUGUAUCCGGUGGUUUAGAUAAUAUUGUGUGUGUAUGGUCGACACAAGAUAAAGAAAUAAUUGAAAAUAUGGCUAUAGCUAAAAGAGGACCUUUAUUUAAAGAAUUUAGACUCUCAGCACCACAUCAUGUUUAUUUUCCGAUAUUUUAUUCAAAUACUUUGCAUGAACAUUAUGUCGAUUCUGUUAAAUGGUUUAGUGAGGAUAUUAUUGUCAGCAAGUCAGCUGAUCAUGUUUAUUGCAUUUGGAAAUUUAAUGUUGAACAAAAAGAUCCGAAUAUAUUGUUUCGAUGGAAUCGAUCAGAAAAAUCUAAUAUUAUAUUCGAUGUCCGACUUGGUUUAUCAGUCACGCGAAAGUUAAUGGCUAUUGGUCGUCUCGAUGGUUCAAUAUUCAUUUGGAAUAUGACGACACUUCCUGAUCAACCAAAUAUAUUAACACAUCGUGAAUCGAAAUCAAUGGUACGACAUCUUUCGUUUACGCAUAAUGGUCAUACAUUAAUUGGUUGUAAUGAAAACGCCCAAAUCUUUAUAUGGAGAUUAUCGUUAUCCUAA